AUGUCGCGCUCCAAAGCCCCCAUCGCCAUCGCCCUCGCGGCUGGAGGAGGCCUUGGCUACUACUUCUAUCGUGCUGGCGGCUCGCCCCGGGCAGCUGAAAAGGACUUCGAAAGCGAUGCUCGUCGCCUCGCCUCCAGGCUCAAAGGUGAAGCCGAGCAGAAGCGCCAGUCCGUCGAUAUAGAGGAAAAGAGCGGCCGUAUCUCGAGUGAUGUGACUUCCAAGAUCGAGGGGGCCGUUUCUACUGUCAACAAGGAACUGUCCAAGACCGCCCAGGAGGCUGAGAACUUGGCCAAGCAAGCCAGAGCGGAUGCGCUGAAGAAGAUCGAUGAGUUCGACCGCAAGGUUGAGGAGGGCGCUGCUAAGGGCAAGAGCUGGUUCUCUUCGUGGUUUGGAGGGAAGUAA